AUGGACUACGAGUCCUGCCUUGCGAGUGUUUCGGACUUGGCGAGGUCAUUUUUUGGCAAAGACAUUACCAUCGUGGAAAAUGAAUCGGUGAUGGCGGAGUUUGUGGCAAGCUCGAACGCCGCGUCUAUAUUUCUUACCAAGGAAGACAACAACGACAACGACAAUAACAACAACAAGAAGAACACAAGGGUCAUAAUCCAUCGGGAUACAACCACUUUGAAGACUGAUCUGCCGAGAGCCAGUCAUCUCGUGGUCAUCAGCAAACUGAGCAGCCAGCUCCAGAAGGGAGUGCUGCUAAUGGCGCAAGUGAAUAUAAUCACUUUACCUUUGCAUACGGGUGGUGGUGAAAGUAGUGGUAGUGGUGGCCACAAUGCACCCAGUUACGAACGAUUGAGGUCUACACUCGGCAAUGGGCUCCUACCGUACUAUGACAUUAUCUCGGAGGGGAGGCUGGCGUCUUCAAUGACGCGAAAAAAGUUUGCAGAGUUGACUGCUUCCUUGCAGCACUCCAUUUCCCACAUUCAAGCGCCAGACUUGUUACUGAGCGCUCAUGCCAAGAUCAAAAGGGCCGUAGUCCAAGGGGAAUCAAUCACGGAGUUGUUGGCUGACUCUGACUUCCUCAACGAGCUAACAACCAUCACAAACGAGUGGGUCAGGCAAAUCCAAGCCGUCACUCAAGCUGAUCAUAGACCUGGGGACGGCAAUUCCAUGAUUGAAGAAGUCCGAUUCUGGUCUCAAAUGGAAAAUGCCCUCAUUUCGCUCCAGAAGCAGAUCCAGUCACCUGAAAUCAAAUUGACAAUGGAAAUCUUGAGCAGGGCCAGGAGAUUUCAUGUCACCAUUAGCUUUGAAAACGAUACGGGCAUCAGUGAAAUGACAAAGAAAGCUGCCUCUUUAAACUCUUUCCUCCGAGAGCUUCCCAUAAAUGAACUUUUGGCUAUAAAUGAUGACCCGCAGUUGCAAAAUUUUCAACAAGUGGUAACGCAACUUUUCUCCCAUUUAAAGCAAAAGUUGACUUUUCUAACGCCAGAAAGAGCAAAAGAGGCCAUUGAACUAUUAUUGAAGGAAAUCAUCGACAAGUUUCGAGUGCUAGCCUCAGCCACCAGUGUUAUGUCGAUCCCAUUGCAUGUGCUUUCACGUACAGUGCAUGAGUAUCAAAAGAUCUUGAGCAACAUCGAGGAUAAUCUCAAAUUUCUUUCAAACAUAUUAAGGGAACUAGCACGUAAGUCAAAAGACAAGCAUAAAUUGGUUUCGCUCAAGCAAAGAAAUCUAGAUCACUUGCGAAAUUUGCUCGACAAUUUGCUCACUUUUCGCAAUAGACACGAGGCUCUUUUAUCGUACUUGAAAAUCACAUUCUCCAAAGAUGAAUCGUCCCUGAAUGCGUCAAAAUUGACCGAGGCGUACAAUAAACACAUACUUUCGUUAAAUCCCGUGAAUCCUGCACGCGAAGCCGAAAUUCUUUGGACAGUGAAUGAGAGGACUUAUAUGGAAACCUUCAAUGUUGUGUAUGGAUCAUGGGCGACCAAAAUGAAUCUAUUCUUAGAGCAAGCGACGCUGUUUAUUGAUUACUUGAAAGUCUUUCGCCAGUUUAAAGUUGCAAGCGAGGGCUUAGGCGAAAACAAAAAUAAAGACAAGGACAAGGACAGAGACAAAGGCGAAAGCGAAAGCAAUGGGGUACUCUCAGGCAAUUUGCCAAUCCCAAUCAACGACUCACAGAAAUUGUCAAUCCUUGGGAGUGCCUUACGAGAAAUUCAAGCUCUCAAAGUUACAGCUAGUGAGAGCGAUGGCGACACGUUGACGCAGGUUGUAAAUAGUAAAAGUCUUGCGUCUAGAGUCGGAUACUACAGGACCAAUCUAGAAUUCAUGAUUGGACCCGAUUGGAUGAAAUACUCGGUGGGUCCGCGCAUUGAAGCAUUGUCUAAAAGCAUUUUGGCAUCAAGAAACCCCGACGAAUUGUUUCAAGUCAUGAUGGAUAAAGAUUUACAAGCGGCAAAUAAAAUUUUUCAAGAAACGGAAACCGUUGUGGAAAUUAGGGACGUUUUGGGCAAUUACCAAAUCGUUUUAAAUUCUGAUUUGAAGUCGCUUCAGUCGUGGCAUAAAUUGAAUCUAAUCAAACACUCGGGCCCCGCGACGAUGCCGCAUUCUGUGCUUGUUGAGUCGCACAAGAUAUGCCGGAUUUUGCCCUUGGCCGUGGAGAUUUCCGAUCAAUUGUACGCCAUAAAGUCUAUCUUUGAAAGCGCAUUUCUGGAAGGUCCGAAAAGCGAAUAUUGCCGUUUGUUUUCAACUAAAUUGAUCCACCAAUUGACCGGUUUAGUUGGUAAUUUGACAUUGGUAAAAUGGGCUCAUUUGUCGCGAGCGGUAAACUUUCUCAAACUGCAUGAUGACUCCUUGAUCCAUAGCGACGCACUCGUGGAAAUGAAGUCGUUGAGAUGCGUUAAAGAAAUUCGAGCGAUUUUGGAUUCGAUUUAUUUCCAAAAUUCAAAAGUAACAAACAUUUUACAUUUUUUGGAGCAACGGAUUCACGAUUUGAAAACUGCCAAGUUUGAUAAAGAAGUGUUUGCACUGGUUUUGAACCAAACUCAGGAAAGGCUUUUGGACCUUUUUGACGAAGGUGAAUGGACGGAGAUGAUUAUCAAAAUUGCCAACAACGAAAUUGUACAGGCGUUGAGUACUCGAUUGAAAGGGCAGUUGUCUGUUUAUCUUGGACUAACUUUGCGAGACCAUGACCAGCAGUUGGAUAUGAAAGAAAUUGAAGGAUAUAUCCAAGAGUUUUCCAUAUCUCAACACCAACUAACAUUCGAGGACGAAGCUUUGAUAUGUUCUCCCUCGUUGACUGAAGGACAAUACUCGGCUUUUGCAUUCGUGAAAAGUUUGAUCGAAGUUGUGCUCGAGCAGAAGCUACUAGGCGCUGAUUCGGCAAACUCCCAUGUCCAUGCCCCAGAGGCAACUCUGUUUGAGAAAAUGGUGGUUUGCGUUCCCGACACUCAGGCGACCAUAAACAGCGUUUUCAUUCACAUUACCAACCUCUUUCGAGAAGGGGAAGAAUAUUUGGCCAAAUGGAGGGUGUUGGUAAACUUGUGCAGUUUGAAUUUUGACGACGCGGCAGAGUUGGAUUCGUUGCUUGAUCCCAGUAAGGACAUUUUUCGCUGGUUUGAAACUGUGCGAGAUAUUUACGACUAUGGGUCGCUCGUGGACGACUCAGAAUCAAAGCAAUUUAAUGGUCUUUUCGCAAUCAACUCCAGUCGAAUCCUGAGUAAGAUGUCGAUCUCUUUUGAUAAGUUUUCGAAAAAUUUGCUCAGCCAUUUUGCCCACAGGCUCAAAGUUUUGGUUCGCUCGGUUGAGCAAGAGUUGGCAACUUCGAGACAAAGUUUGCUUAGUGCUUUUAAACUCGAUGUGGAUGCUCCUAAACUCAUUGCUGAUGUUGGCGAAAUAAUAACACUGCGCUUGAACUUUGACCAUUGGGGGAAACUAGUUGACGGGUUCAAAGAGAUUCAGCUUUUCCUUCGCAAAAAGAGAUUCAACUUCCAUACUGAUUGGUUGUUUACUGAGCAAUUGGAGAACCACUUGUGUCUGAUCUCGGCCCUUCUUGAAACAAAAGAGUUGCUUUUCAAAGAAAACUUGGAAUUUCUCGCAACGAAAACCAAGGGAGAAAUAGACAAGACAAUGCAGUCAAUUCAAGCUCUUGGCAAGGACUGGGAAGCAAAUAAACCAAUUUCAGGAACAUUGACGCCCGCGUACGCAAUAAGCCAACUCAAUGAAUACCAGCUGCGCAAUGACAAUUUGAGGUCGUAUCUCGCCACAAUGAAAAGCAUAUCGGUCUAUUUUGGCUUUGAUGCAUUUAAAGAGCAUCUGGAACCUGUCUCGCUAUCAGAUCAGGUAGACGCCUUGAAAAAAGUGUGGUCUCAGAUACAUGUCCUUUGGGAAGAAGUAGAGGCGUUGAAAUUGAUACCUUUGGCCAAUCUAGACUCGCAUGCUUUGCGUCAGAGACUCGAUAGUCUUCUGGCUUUUGCUAGAGACCUCCCGGCUAACGUGCGACAAUACUCAGCGGUUGAAGAAAUAAAAAUACAGGUCAAGACCUUUUUGAAAGCUCAGCCCAAGCUAGUUGAAUUAAACUCUGCCGUGAUGAAGCCGAGACAUUGGGAGAAAUUACUCAAUCAACUCGGUUCGCUGUUGAAACCGAGCAACUUGACUGUUGGUGAUAUUUGGAGUUUAAACUUGGCUUCCAAUUUCCAAAGCCAAAUUGUGGAAGAUAUUUUAGAACAGGCUCGUGAUGAGCGAGCUAUUGAGGAAAGCGUGCAAAAGAUACGAGAGUCAUGGGAGCACGCUGCACUUGAGCUAUUCAACUAUGAAAACAAGUGCCGGCUUGUGAAAAACUGGGACGCGAUACUCGACCAUUGUGAGCAGGACUUGAAUUCUCUCACUUUGAUGAAAAAGUCGCCACACCAUGCUCCAUUUGAGAAAGAGAUUUGGGAUCUCGACACCAAGAUAGCUGCGUUGUUUUCCAUAUGCAACGUUUGGAUCGAUGUUCAGCGGGAGUGGAUCGAGUUGGAUGGAAUCUUUGGCAACAACGACAAAAGCGACGUUAAAACCAUCCUCCCCGCUGAGCAUGCCCGGUUCCAAAACCUCACUUUUGAGUUUCUCGCGCUAGUGAAACGGGUUUAUAAAUUUGACCAAGUUAUUGAUAUCAUUUUGAUCCUGGACCUGCACAGGGUGAUGCUGAAAUUUUUGGACACUUUAACCAAAAUACAGAAAUCGUUAGCUGAAUACUUGGAGUCCCAAAGGAACAUUUACCCGCGAUUUUUCUUUCUUGGGAAUGACGACUUGUUGGAAUUAAUUGGCACUUCUAAUGACAUGUCGAGAAUCAACAAGCAUUUGAAAAAAAUGUUUGGCGGGGUCGAGCUGGUGAUCUACAAUCAAAAAGAAAAUGCAAUUGUUGCUGUAGCUAGCGGCGACGAAAAAUUGUCUUUAGUUACCCCGGUUCAAUUGGACAAGUUUACUUAUUUGCACGAGUGGUUGAGCGAGUUGGAAGAUCAAGUUCGCUUGUCCCUAGCUCAGUUGCUAGGUGAAUAUAUUGGAAGCUGGGAAACGAUUCUUAAGGAUGAACAAGCAGACGUGGCGCCCCUUGUCAACAAGCUCCCCGGCCAGAUUCUCAUCUUAUUGAUGCAAGUUCUGUUUACAAACUUGGUGGAGGAAGCGGAGAAGAAGGAGAAAUAUGCCGAGGAUAUGCCCCUAAUGAACAGCACCAAACUGGACCCCUCUCGCCUCGGAGACGUGCUUGAAACGAUGCUCAAGCGGAUCAUUAGACUAUCGCGAACUUCACCAGGUUUCUUGACGCAGCGCAAGCUUCGUAAUCUAAGCAUUGAAAUAUUACACCAGCAGAAAAUCCUCACGGUGGUGCAGUCGGCACCAACAGUUUUGGAACGCGUUUCAAGGUGGACAAUGUAUCAAAGAUUCUAUUUUAAAACAAACCACCCGAGUUCUGAUGGUCGACCACGCCUUGUUGUGAAACAAGCAUUUACCGAAUUUGAAUACGGCUUUGAGUACAUUGGUAAUCCUGAAAAAUUAGCUUACACACCGCUUAUCGAUGAGUGCUUUGUCGCGAUGACCCAAGCCUUGUCAAUGAAUCAAGGCGGCUCCUCAUUUGGACCCGCGGGUACGGGCAAAACAGAGUCUGUGAAAGCAUUGGGUCAAAACUUGGGCAAAAUGGUGAUUGUCUUUUGUUGUGACGAACGAUUCGACUUUCAGUCCAUCAGCAGGAUUCUUUCGGGUCUUUGUCGAGUGGGCGCCUGGGCCUGCUUUGACGAGUUUAAUCGACUCGAGGAGCAUAAUUUGAGUGCAGUUUCGUCCUUGAUUACAUCAAUCCAAGUGAAUUUGCGAAACCGCGACCAAACUGUUAGCCUUUCCGGGCUCGAAUCAGCACUACACCCGGAAACAGCACUAUUUGUCACCAUGAAUCCUGGGUAUAGUGGUCGGUCUCAGCUUCCAGAAAAUUUAAAAAAACUCUUUAGAGGCUUUUCGAUGUUCAAGCCAGAUAGCCAAAUAAUUGCACAAGUGUUACUUACAUCCGAAACGUUUGAAUCUGCAAGCGAGCUAUCCGAGGUAAUUGUUCAAGUAUUUAAUGAGUUGCAGGCGAAGGCCUCCAAACAAAAGCAUUACGAUUUUGGGCUACGUGCCAUCAAAAGUGCUGUUAAUCGAUGCGGCCAGAUUCUUCAAGCCCAGAUUGCCAAUGGCAAGCAUUCGGAAAAGAGUAUGCUGGAGAUGGGUAUAGCUGUACGUUGUUUGGACGACUUGAUCGUUCCCAGAUUGACGAUGGAGGAUAGAGUAAUCUACGACGAGGUGAAAAAGAAGUACUGUAUUUCACAUUCUUGGGAUUCAGAUGAGGGCGAGGAUAAGUUGAUUCUUGAGCUUAGGAGGUAUUGUGAAAAGCAUGAGCUUGUUGCCGAAGAAGAAUUCAUCAAGAAAGCCUUGCAGCUAUCCAAAAUUCAAAUAGCUCACCACGGGAUCAUCAUGGUUGGGGAGUCAGGGUGCGGGAAAUCCACGAUUCUCAAGAUGGUUUUAGAGGCUCUCAGCAAAGUGGAGGAAAUUGAGCACUACUCCAUCAAUAUCAACCCAAAGGGCCUUUCCAAGAACCAUUUGUACGGUCGAUUCGAUAAAGUUACAAAGCAAUGGACCGAUGGUCUUUUCACCAGCAUUUUGCGCAGGAUCGAGGAGAAUCUGCGCGGGGAGAUGCACAAGCGAAUCUGGAUUGUAUUUGACGGCGACAUUGACCCUGUCUGGGUGGAGAAUUUAAACAGUGUUUUGGAUGACAAUAGAAUUUUAACUUUACCCAAUGGAGAACGUCUCCAUCUUCCGGCCAAUGUUCGUCUAGUGUUUGAGACUACAAGUCUUGAUAGCGCGACAUUGGCGACAAUCAGUAGAUGCGGCAUGGUCUGGUUCGACAAUCUGGUAGUUGCUCCUUCUUCAUUAAGCACAAAGCUCCUUUGUGAUGUCAUUACCCAUAUCAAUGAAACUGGCGAGGUUACAGCAAAGGAGAGAUUGAGUUUGAGUCCGAAUGUGAGUUCGAAUGUGAGUUCGACUUUGACACUGCGGGCGCUUUUUUCGCUGGAAUUGAAGCGCGUGUUGACACACCUGCUUAUGACCGGUUUAGAUUCCCUAGCUCGAGAACAUGCACACAUUAUGAGGUACUCUUUCCAAAGGUCUGUCGAUUCCUUUGGUGCUUUAUUGAAAACCCAUUUGAAGCAAAUGGUCACGUCAUUUAAUAUCGAUUCCAACGAAGUUGACAUUACAUCAAUAGUCCUCAAGAUUGUAUUUAGCUGUGCUGUCUGGGGCUUUGCAGGUGACUGCACCGCGAAAGACAGGAUGAAUUUCGAAUUGAGUUUGAGAAAGCAUCCGCCAUUCGACAGUUUGGACUUUCCCAAUGAAAGUGUGCUAGAUUUUGAGAUUUCAGCUGCACCACCAACUGGCGAGUGGAUAUCGCUCAAUACCGAGCUUGGGGCGCAGAUGGAUUUGCAGCCUCACCAGGUGGGAGAUCCAAAGAUAAUAAUACCGACUACCGACACGGUUAAGCACGAAAAGUUGAUGCACUCAAUGUUGGCAGCACAUAAACCAUUGCUCUUGUGUGGUCCUCCCGGGUCGGGGAAAACAAUGACCCUCAUGAGGGCACUAGCUAAGGCACCCAACUUGGACUUGCUCUCUCUCAAUUUUUCCAAGGAAACAUUACCAGAGUCUCUAAUUGCAUCGUUGGAGAGCUUUUGCGAACACAGGAGGGUCAAUGGGAAAAUUCUGCUUUGCCCUAAAGUCGACGGCAAAUGGGUUGUUGUGUUUUGCGAUGAAAUCAACCUCCCGAAAACAGACGAGUUUGGCACUCAGACUGUGAUUGCAUUGAUCAGGCAGAUGAUGGAACACAAUGGGUUUUGGAGGACAAAAGACUUGCAAUGGAUCAGUUUGCAAAAUAUUCAAUUUGUGGGAGCAUGCAAUCCACCAACUGACACGGGUAGAUACGAGCUAAGCGAGACUUUUAUGCGUCGAGUAUGUUUAAUCAUGGUUGACUAUCCAGCGCGGGAGUCCCUACAGCGUAUUUAUCAAACUAUCAACAGCGCGGUGCUCAAACUUUCCCCGCGCUUAAGUGGGUUUGCUAGAGAGCUCACAGCAGCAUCGAUCGAAGUUUAUCAGCGGUCAAAGGACCUUUUUAAAGCAUCAUCUCAAGCUCAUUAUGUUUACUCACCACGAGAACUCACGAGAUGGAGUCGAGGAUUGCUAGAAGGGACGAAACAAGUGGCUUAUCUGGAUCUACCAGGAUUUUUGCGAUUAUGGUAUCACGAAGGGUUGAGAUUGUUUAGCGAUAGAUUGAGCCUGGAAGAUGAAAGGGCUCUGGCCAUGGAAAUUAUGCAAGCAGUUGCGCGCCAGUUUUUCCCCAACGUGGACUUGUCCGUCUGUUUUAAAAGUCCCGUGCUUUUUAGUGAUUGGUUGACGCUCAACUAUCAGUCAGUCAGCAAGCGCGAGUUGCAGCCAUUUGUGCGGGAACGAUUGAGAGUGUACAAUGAAGAAGAGACGGAAGUCCAACUAGUGUUGCACGAGGACUCCCUAGAUCAUCUUUUGAGGAUUGACAGGGUACUUAAGCAACCGCAGGGCCACAUGAUUUUGGUUGGGCCGUCGUCGAGCGGCAAGUCGACGCUCGCUAAAUUUGCUGCUUGGAUCAAUGGAUUGAAGGUCGAAUCUCUUGCAGUCAGAACCGGAUUCACAUUGAAUGAUUUCGAUGACAUUUUGAGAAAAUUAUUGCUUCGUUGCUUGAAUGGUGAGAGAAUCUGUUUCUUGAUUGACGAGUCAAGUGUCGUGGAAGCGUCUUUUAUCGAAAGGAUGAAUAUCUUGCUCGCGAAUGCAGAGGUGCCAGGACUAUUCGAAGGCGACAAUCACGCGUUGCUCAUGAACAAAUGUCUUGAAACGUCGCAAAUGCAAGGGCUCUUGUUUGAUAGUGAUACAGAGUUGUACAAUUGGUUUGUUGAACAAUUGAGUCGCAAUUUGCAUGUUAUCUUCACAAUGAGCAACUCCCAGCAGCAUUCUAUGACCCAAAAAGUGUUGUCUUCGCCCGCAUUGUUCAAUAGGUGCGUUCUCAGCUGGAUGGGUGACUGGUCAAACAGCUGUUUACACAGUAUAGCAUUUUCAGAGGUUUCUGCAUUGCCCAUGCUAGUUAGUGAGGUGACGACCUUGUCGCCUAGCGUUGACCAGAAAAACAAAUACACCUCAAGCUUAACCGAGGCGGUGAUUGACACUUUGAUCAAAUUCCACAAGAAUGUUCAAAACACACAAGUAUUUCCGGCCCAGUUUUUGAAUUUGGUGCAGAUUUUCACUGGCUUUUGCCGUCACAAGCAAUCUAAGUUGGAGGAGAGGCAACGGCAUUUGGUGCUUGGUUUUGACAAAUUGAGAGAAACCGUUGCUCAAGUUGACAAAAUGAGACAAGAGCUCAAAAUUAAGGGAGAUCUAUUGAACGCCAAGAAUAAAGAAGCUCGUUCUACUUUGGACAAGAUGCUUGUGGACCAAAACGAGGCAGAAAGAAAACAGGAGUUUUCAAUAGAGAUGCAAGCAGAACUAGCCAAACAGGAGGUUGAAGUUGAAUCCAGGAGGGAGAAGGUGUUGCGAGACUUACGAUCUGCCGAGCCAGCGGUUCUCGAAGCCCAACGCGGAGUUCAAAAUAUCAAAAAGCAGCAUCUCACCGAGAUUCGAAGCAUGUCGAAUCCUCCCAACGCGGUGAAGGUGACCAUGGAGUCUGUUUGCAUUUUGUUGGGGUACAAUGUUUCCAGCUGGAGAGAUGUACAGUUGGCCGUCCGGAGCGAUGACUUUAUAGCCAACAUUGUGAACUACAACUGCGAGACAGAGUUGACACCCGAGCUUCGCGAGUACAUGGAAGAAGUAUACUUGUCACGAAGUGAUUUCACCUACGAAGCAGUCCACCGGGCCAGUAAAGCGUGCGGACCGCUACUCGAAUGGGUACGCGCUCAAGUUUCUUAUGCCAAGAUAUUAACAAAAGUUGGUCCCUUGCGCUACGAAGUGGAAAAGUUGGAGCAGCGCUCGAUAAAGACUAGAGCCCAGUUGAUUGCUAUUGACGAGAUGAUCAAAGAGCUCGAAGAACAGAUUGAAAAAUCCAAGUACGAGUAUAGCGAGUUGAUCAGACAAACGGAAAACUUGAAAACCGAGCUAGCGAGUGUGGAACAGAAAAUCAACCGAAGCACCUUGUUGAUCCAGAAUUUGGCAAGUGAAAAGUCGCGGUGGAAGGAGUCGAUUAGCGCUUUUGAAGAGAAAAGUGUCCAGUUGGUCGGGGAUGCGUUACUAGUGGCGGCGUUUGUAACAUAUGCAGGCCCAUUUGAUGAAAAGAGCCGGUUGGACUUGCGCAUGCUUUGGCAGGAGUGUCUCAUUCGUGCCGGCAUUGCCUUUGACAAGAACAUUGCAUUUUCCGAGUACUUGCUUGACUCUGUGAAGAUGAAAAAUUACUUAUCAAUGGGUUUGGCAGACAAUUUUCUCAAUAAAAGCAAUAUAGCAUUGUUGGAGACCGGUACCUUCCCACUUGUUAUAGACCCCAGCGGAGAAAUUUUUCAAGUUGUUCUUAAAUCCAGGAGUGAACAAAUGGUGGCAGUGACCAGUUUCCUGAGUGAUGGAUUCUUGAGUGCUUUGGAAAAUGCACUACGCUUUGGAGGUACAUUAUUAGUUGACGAUUGCGAAAACUAUAAUCCUAUCCUCGACCAGAUUUUGAGAGGAGACGUUAGGAGGACCGGUGGAAGGUUGACGGUCAAAUUGGGAGGUAACUGGACGGAUUACAAUCCGAAAUUCAGGCUCAUUAUGUUUACUAAACAGACGCGUAUCAUUUUGCCAAACUUGGUGAUGUCAAGAGUCAGUAUUAUCAAUUUCUCGGUUUCCACAGGCAGCUUGGAGAACAUGGCCCUCGAUCUUGCCUUGCGCGAGUUUAACCCACGUCUCGAAAGACGUUGUGCGGAAAUCAACAGGGCAAAUGGAGAGUUGAGAAUCCGAUUGGAAAAGUUGGAGGAAGAGCUCUUGCUUUCGUUGGCGCAAACCGCUGAUAACAUUCUUGAAAACGACAAUGUUCUUCAAUCGCUAGAAGUCAUCAAAGCAGAAUCAUCAGAGAUAAAUAAGCAGCUCCAGGCUGCCGAUGAAAUUGUGGACGAGAUCGAUUCGGCUAAAACCCUGUUUAGGAGUGCCGCGAGACAAGUAUCUAGAGUGUUUUCGCAAGUACAGCAUCUCGUUCUCCUUUCAAGAUUCUAUUCCCUUCCUUAUGGAAACUUUCUGUCUGUAUUCGCCAAGAUCAUCAAGGGCCAAAAGCAAGAUGAGACAAUUGCUCUCAGGUUUUGCAAGGAAUUGUUUGAAACGUAUGCGGCAUCAUUGAAAUACCCUGACAAAGUGAGUCUUGCUUUGUUUAUAGUCCUUGCUUUGCGAUUUGAGGUUGAUGGUGGUGCUUCAAGCAAAUGGGAAAUCGAUCAAUUGUUGAGGAUUUGCUCGCAGCCGUCAAACAUAGCCGAGCCAGAGACCCCGAUUCAAAAAGAAUCACAAGAUGCAAGUUUACUUGAUGCAUUAUAUAAAGAAUUGAGCAAAGCUGAGCCGGACGUCUUGGGAUUUAUUGAUGAGCUAACAAGGCCAGUGAGAUUGAUUCGUUCGACUUUUGACUCCGAGUACAGCUUACAGUGGUGGCUCGCAAGCAAAGAGACUCAAAUAAUCAUGGGCACCACUAGUGACGAUUUCGAUGCCACUUACAAGUUUACCGACAUUGCAGAAGUUGAAAAGGUGGAAACGGUGGUUAUUUCGAUGGGAUCUUUGGAAAGCUCAAACGUAGCUAAUCAAGAAUUAAAGGAAGCGGAAAAGAGCCAAAAAUGGGUCAUUAUUCAAAACGCUCAGAUGUCGCCCUCGUGGCUUGCUCAGUUGGACACAAUGAUUGGGAACUUGAAGCUCCACGCGGGUUCCAAGUUGAUCUUGACGUGCAGCUCUGAAUCUGUUAUUCCUGAAAAAUUGAUUAGCCGAAGCAAAGUUCUUCGCAUUGAAAACGACAAGUCUUUUAAAAACUCGUUUGCUGAGUUAUUUUCAUCCAUCCUGGAGGUUGAAACGCGGGGAGGAGGAAACAGUUUUAUUGCGUUGCAUGUAUUUUUGUUGCUCACAUGGUUCCACAGACAUUUAAUGGAAAUUCUGGUUUACGUUCCUUUAACUUUUGAGCAGCACCACGAUCUCAACGAGUCUGAUUUCAAGAGCGCGGUUCACAUUGUUUCAAAAGUGCUUGACGAGAUUAACAGUGUUGAGCAAAUUCCGUGGUCGCUGAUCAGAGUUAUGAUCAGUGACAUCAUAUAUGGAGGCAAAUUUAGCUCAGAGAAAGACAAGUGUUGUAUCAAGGAGCUCGCUGAUAAGUUGUUCAAUCAUAAUUCGCUCGAGUCGGGUUUCAGUGUCAUUGAGAAUAAAUACACCGAGGCGCUGGGUGAGAAAUUGGAAUUGCCAGAUGGCAGGGACUUGAAAACAUUCACCAGCUGGAUCAACUCAUUACCGGACAAGAUCCCACUUUCAUGGCUUGGUUUGAAAGAAGAAUUAGGAAGGGCAAACAGGGAACGGAUUGCUAAUUAUGCCGCAUCCACGGUGACCAAGUAUUUGCAAAUCUGA